CAUUCACAGUCUUUCUGCAAUCGAACCUUACCUAAGCUCCCAUACUACCUAACAAGUACAAGGCAUAGCUAAGCCUAUGACACAUCUAGCAAGUAGACUAUAAGUACCGUUGCUUUUGUUGUCUCUUGCUUGUUGAUUUGGGUCUGAAUCGACACGGAACCUUUUUCUUGUAGCUCAUCUGAGAUCGCCAGGGUUCAAUUGGAGAUCAUAAGGUGCUAUUUUGGACUGGAAACUAAAAACCGAGAAAAAUUCUGGAGCGAGCGGUGUACAGGAGGAGCAUUGUUUUUUCCAACUAUCUACCGACCUGCAUUACCUAACAUUCAGAUCUAGCGUCUAGCUACACAGUCGGCACAAGUCCAGCUUGAAGACUAUCUAGAGCUAGGGGCAGAGCUCCAACGGCACAUUCCUUCACCGAACAUCAGUCAGCCAUCCAAUCACAAUGAGGCCGUCAACCCUUCGUGCCAUCAACAGGGCAUUGGCCGGCAAUGAAGCCCGGACAUAUUCCUCCUCGGCCUCACCCCGACAUCUCAUGUCGAUAGCCGACCUGACGCCUACGGAGCUGACAACCCUCGUUCGCUCUGCCGCCACUCACAAGCAUGCCGUCAAGUCGGGAGCAGGCGCACCCCUCCAUCUGGCCCAGUCUCUCACCGGCAAGACCGUCGCCAUGAUGUUCAGCAAGCGCAGCACCCGUACCCGCGUGUCUACCGAGGCCGCGGUUGCCAUGAUGGGCGGUCAUCCCAUGUUUCUGGGCAAAGAUGACAUUCAGCUUGGUGUGAACGAAUCCCUCUUGGACACGUCAACCGUCAUCUCUUCAAUGACCUCAUGCAUGGUUGCCCGCGUCGGCCCCCACUCGGACGUGACAGGUCUGGCCAAGCACUCAUCUGUCCCCGUCAUCAACGCCCUGUCGGAUGACUUCCACCCUCUCCAGACCAUCGCCGACUUCCUCACCAUCCACUCCCACCACCCAUCCUCCACCCCAGGCUCACUUGGCCUCGAGGGUCUCAAGAUCGCCUGGAUCGGCGACUCCAACAACGUGCUGUUCGACCUGGCCCUCGGCGCCGCCAAGCUCGGCUGUCACGUUGCCGUGGCCUCGCCCACGGGCUACGGCAUCCCUGAAAACAUGAGGACGCUGAUCCAGUCCGCCUCCAAGGCCUCAGGCUCCGGCGGCUCCCUCUCCGAGACCACUGUGCCCGAGGAGGCCGUCAAGGACGCCGACAUACUCGUCACCGACACGUGGGUGUCGAUGGGCCAGGAGGCCGAGGCCAAGAAGCGUCUCGCCGCAUUUGCCGGCUUCCAAAUCACAAACGACCUCGCCAAGCGCGGCGGUGCCAAGAAGGAUUGGAAGUUCAUGCACUGCCUGCCCCGCCACCCGGAGGAGGUACAUGACGAGGUCUUUUACAGCCCCAGGUCGCUCGUCUUUGAGGAGGCCGAGAAUAGGCUGUGGGCUGCUGUUGCUGCUCUUGAGGCAUUUGUGGUGAACAAGGGAAAAAUCUGAUUAGUCAAAACAAAAGUUAUAAUCUAUGAAAAGUGAUUUUGCCGUAGAAAAAAAAAAGAAAAGAAAAAGAAAAAAAGAAAAAAAAAACUCAAAACAAGCCACCAAGGUUGGCUGCUGAAAUUUACUACUACAUAUUUAGAUCAUCGAUCAGGUUUGAUUAGGUGCCCAUGAAUUGAUUGCAAACAGUGAUCCCGAGGUACGCACCCCUGAAUCCUAGUAGGUUUCACUUUGUACAAGUUAUGAU